AGCAUUGCAAGACUGACUGGCUGGGAAAAAUGUCAUCUGAACAUGACCCUUUAUCCAUGUAUCAGCUGUCAUUUAACAAGUCCAUUUGUGAUUCAUUUGCAGAAAAUUGAUUGACCUACUUCCGGUUUAAAGAUAAUCUUUGUUUCUGACAUAUGAUAACUUGGAUAGAUUAUACAUUGUACAAAGCAGACAUUAAUCUAACUCGACAUAUCAUUUUAUCUAAAUAAGCCCUGUCUUGCAGCUGAAUACCGAAAAUGGAGGAAUAUAAACUCGACGAUAGUUUUACAAGUGAAAGUAGUGAAUAUGACUUGACGUUAAUUGUGGAUGGUCAUAAGAUAAGAGUAUGGAAAGUGGUAUUAUGUGUAGCAUCACCAGUGUUUCGUGCCAUGCUACAGUCUCAAUUUAAGGAGAAGGAUCAAGCUGAAGUAAAUCUUCCGGGGAAGAAGUAUAAGGAUUUUGUGGAGUUCCUAAGCUGCUUUUAUCCAGACAGACUUGAACGGGUCACAAACGAUUCUGUUUACAGAAUUCUUCCAUUGGCUGUUGAAUAUCAAGUAAAGGUACUGGAAAAGGAAUGUCAGAGGCGUCUGGUAAAACUUGUGAAAACCAGACACUUACCGGAUGCUGUCCAAAUUUACCGCCACCUCCAACUAGCUGAGCUGUAUAAACUUGAGGAUCUUAGAAAAAUUUGCAUUUCUGCAGCAUCUGAUUUAAAGCUGAGUCAAAUGGAAACAGCUGCAGCAGAACAUCCAAUUCCUGAAAACAUUCUUGUACAGAUUCAUCAUCUUGCUCGCCGUAAACAAGAAUUAAACAAAAUGGAUGACGACCGUCUUGCGAAGAAGAAUCAUUCGAAAAGUGCAAGCUAUAUAAGUUUUAUCGAGCAAGAAGCUGAUUUAUCCUGGUACCCGGAAAACCAUCGAAUAACAAGAGCCGCUAGACUUUGGUACAGAUACUAUCAAAAUAAUGAAGAACUACUGAGAAAUAUUAUAACGAGUAUUGAAAGUAUGAAGGUUGAUGAUGCUAUCAAAGAGGAGUGCGAACUGCUCCCAGACACAAUUAAACAACGUUUAGGAGUUGAUUAUAAUAAGAAUUAAGAAUGAGAUGUAUUUUACUUGUCAAUUAGUGUGCAUAUUUUGUUUUGUUGCAAGCCACUGAUAAGCCUAAUUAUAUUUAUAAAAAUGUAGUCACAAGAUACUUUUAGAAUAUAUAAGCUUCAUUUUAAUGUACCAAAGUCAAGUGUCGUUUAACAGCUUAGACUCUUCCACGCGUUCAUACUACAUAUUAACUGUAUUCGCUAAGACAGAACAGUGUCACUCGUGAACAGACUAUUAACAGCUAACAUGCGUUAAUCUGGGUUUGGUGUACUUGUGUGAUAGCCAAUAUACUAAUUUUCACAAAAUUAAGAUCUUUCAAUAUAAUGUAUGAAUUUGUGGCCCUGUCCUACCAAAGAAAUGAUAAUCUGUAAGUAAUUGUUAAUGUAGAUAGGAAUUUCCGGUCCGAGAGUAACUGUUUUAGCAGUAACCUGGCUGUCACAACAGUAAUAGUCAAGAAAUACACAUUAUGUGUAUGCACUGAUAUUGCAAUUCAUAGGUAGAAUAUGUCAUUUUUAAACAAUGAUAUUUGUCAAAGUUUACACAAUGUAAAUAUGUUAGAUAUCUGAAUAGCUGCAGACUUGCAGUAACUUUAUACUAAAUAUGCAGCUUUUUAUGUUAAAAUGAGCAAUAGAGCAAAGUCCUAUUUUAGAUUUCCUACAAUUUAAGUGUUGAAUUAUACAUUCUUCUUAUAUAAGAAUAUGUAUGAAAAUAUGAUUUUUAUAUGAAAAUAUGGUUUUUAUUGCUGACAGAUGUGUUAUAUGGAGUAUUAAAAUUUAAAUGCUAUGA